AUGGAUAUAGAAGAAGCUAAAAAUUUUGCAAAAAAUAAAAUCGAAGCCGACGCUUUGGCACGGCAGGUUAGAGAUGUUAUAAAAACAACAAAAUGGCAAAAACAAGAUAUGCGGGAAGGUUUUAAAGAAACAUUUAAACCACUUAUCAAAUCUCAAGAUUCUAUUAAAAAAAGUAUCGACGAACAACAAAACGCAACUAUAGCACAGCUCAAAGCUAAUCAACUUGCUCUUACACAAGGACUUAAUCAAAACAGGAUGGCUAUAACUGAAGGAUUUGAUAAACUUGACGAAGUAAAAAAAUGGGAUUUGGCUCAAUUACCUAGUUUUGAUGCGAUUGAAGAGUCUAAAGAAGAUGACCCCUCUAGAUCAGAGGGAGGGCCUAAAAUAGCAAAAUUUACGCCUGAAGACCUCGAUAGAAAUUUAAUGAAUAAAGAAGCACAAGAUCCCGUGUGAAAAACCUCCAUGGAAUUCCAUGGAAUUCCAUGGAUUUCCAUGGAAAAUUCUCCAUGGAAUUCCAUGGAGGAUUAGGACAUCAAUUUCCAUGGAAUUCCAUGGAAAUUUCUCCACAGAUUUCCAUGGAAAAUAUUUGCAUGGAGGAUUAGGACAUUUCCCAUGGAAUUCCAUGGAAAACAUUAGGGCACCAAUUUCCAUGGAUCGAAUUCCAUGGAAAUUUCUGCAUUGACAUUUUUCCAUGGAGGAUUAUGACAUUUUCUAUGGAAUUCCAUGGAAACGUUCCAUGCAAUUCCAUAGAAACUACUCCAUCGAUUAUUCCAUGGAGUUUCAUGGUAUUCUCAGGAAUUAGACAUUUAAAAUAUCCAGUGAAUCAAAUGGAAUACAUAACAGAUUUUGGUCCAAUGCAAUUUAUUUAAUCAAUAAAAGGACCGCAUAAAUCUCUUUUUAAAGACAACAAUUAAAAGUUAACAUGCUUUUGGUGGAAAAUUUGACAUACGGUAGCUUAAAAAAGUAAUGUUUACUUGUGACUAUAUACAUUGCAGUUUAGAAUGCAGCCAUCAUAUUGAAGUAGCUUAAAUGAAAAAUUUAGAUUUAAUAUAAUUAAUAAAGCACGGAAUCUUGGCCUGGUGUUUCAGAAAAGUAACAGGCGAACAGAUGCAUAUUUGAGAGGAAAAAAAAUAAGCUAAUACUUGAAUGCAUAAACCGUCAGUAUGUAAGACUUAAACAUGGCUUUAUUUAAUGCGACAACAAAGGGAAGUGCUACUUAUGCACUUAUCAAUUGAAAUCCCCACCCCCCCAACCCUGGGCCUAUGUGGGGUAAUGUGGGGGAUUUUUAUGGUAUUUGAAGGCAUGGUUAGCCCGUGGGGGUGGGGGAUUUCUCAGGAUUUGCUUAGCAUAUUCAUGGCAGUCCAUGGAAGUCGGGGAGCGAGGUGGGGAUUUGACUCGUGCCUAGUUUCCUCAGGGUAAUUUCUUCACGUGAUCACUGGUAUUUUGAUGUAUUGCUCGGCCGUAAGUUUCCUAAUUGUUUUUCCUUUCAUUUCUUCACUUAGAUUAAUCCUUUGCGAUUUUGCCUUGAGCUUUCAUGGUUCGUUGACUGGAAAUUGUUAUUGUUAUUCAAAACUUCUCAAACAAUGCAGAUACACACUAUCUGGUUCAUUUUGUUAAUAUUGCCAGUUACGUGGUCCCUACUCGCUUCUGAGCGUUAUUGUGGGUAAAGAAAUGAAGAAAUCAAAGCUUCGUUUCAAACAGAUGUUUCUCCCAAGCACAUCAAGCGUUACGGACAAAAACAAUGAACUUUGAAAAACUGUUAAGUUAACAAGUUUUCAAAAACCAAAAUUUCAAUCCGUUUUAAUCUUCUUCAUGUUUUCCCAUCUGUACCUUCUUUUGUAUUUGCUGAGUCAUUUAUACCAUCUUUUAAUGUCUUCAGUGGUUAUUUUUAUGUUUCACUCAAUUUGGUGGCAGUUCCCACAGCCUACAUUUUGGUAAAUUUCGUGACACAGCUCAUUUAACAUCUAGUGUUAAACCCAUGUGGUUUCUGAAGUUCUAUAUUUCCUCAUUCUUUAAGUCAAAAUAUAAAAUAUAGCUCCUAGGAACUAUUUUAUGCAGUCUAUUUAUAACAUCAGCUUGUGAAAGUUAAGGUAUGUUGGCUGCUAUUUUCAAUUAAACUUAUCAUUGCAGCAAUUACUUUCAAUGGAGAUGGUACAGAUUUCCUUUUAAUAUAAAUUUAUAGCAAUGUGCUACUCCAUCAUCCAUUUUGUAUCCUGACUUUUUUAUAAGUGGGUAGGGGUCAUUAUCUUUACUUAAUUAUUGUCAAAUAUUUGUUGUAUUUAUAUCGUGGUCUGUUAUCAUAUUUGCCUUUUUGCUCUAGUAAAUUUGUCAAUAAAGAAGUUGAAAAUUCCAACGAAAUGUUAAUAAAGUCAGUCAGGGAAUUGGGGGUUUAACCAGUCAAUAUGCCCCAGUAUGGUGGGAGUUUGCUAAGAUUUGUAAUGAUGCCAAGUCAAAUCCCCACCUUGGCCCGGGGUGGGGGGGGUCGGGGUUUCAAUUGAUAAGUGCAAUAUUUCCUCGAUCAGAACCACUAUGGUAUUUAGUUAUAGCAAAGUCCUACCUAAUCCUUGGGAAAAAACGGCGUCAGCCACAAUUAUAAUUUAUCAUUCUCUUGUAUAGUUUUUACGUAGCAGGCAUGAAAGUUCUAAAUAUGAUAUUUCUUCUUAUGCAUCGAAGCAGUCCAUCGAAGUACAGUCUCCGAUUUCUAAUUCUGCCAGAAUUAGUAAUUAUUCCAAAGGAUUCCAAAGGCAAUUUGCAGGAAAGACCACAUUCAUAUCUGUAUAAACAAAAAAGAUAGAAAGUAAAUAUUAAAACCGAUAAACAGCACCCGAAAAGUCAUCCUUCUAAAUCUAGCAGAGACAUAAUCGAGCGGACGAAUUCAGUUGAGCAACCAAACACGAGUUGUGUACAUAUUAAGCUUACCUUCCUCUCUAAUGUGCGAUCCAGCUGAGUCAUUGUUUAAUCGAAGUCGAUUUGAAAGAAGUUAAGCCAAAUGUAAGCAACCUCACAAGUGAUAUUUUGCGUUGAAAAUAACAUCUUUUUCGGAUGCAUUCAUCGCUAAAACAAUCCGUUUACACAACACUGUCGUACUGCACAGAAGUCCGCCUAAAUAUUCGAACCAAGAAAACUGAUCUUCUACGCAUUUCUAUUGGUUCAAAAGCCCCACGUGAUCGCGUAAGUCACUAAGCGGAGAGGUCUGGACGCCAGUUCAAGCACCAAACAUGGCGUCAAAUCACGGCACGAUCGUGGAGAUGUCUGUCUUUAAAGGCUUUAAAUUGUGGUCCCUUUCAGAGUUAAUUGUACCAUUCCGACGCUGUCGAAGAGUAAAGCAGUGAGAGGAAAAUACUGCAUUGUUCUCCCAGGUGAGGGAACCUUUGAAAAAAGGCAGCAGGCCUAUUCAUAGUCUUAUAUACACAGCCGUUCUUAGUGUCGUCACGCAACGCUCCUUCCCACUAAAAACGGCUGUGUUGCAGACUAGCCUAUCCACGGAUGCGGCAAAAAACUCUAAUAUUGCUUGUGUAGGUUCGCCGAAAUACUUCAUACAAAGCAAUCUCAUCAAUCAGGUUUGACUCGAGUAAUAGGGAAAAUCUUAGCUCUCAACCAAAACACACUUCGAUACCGAGAAGAGUUAAUGUGCCUAGUGGGAUCAUUUCCAAUACUGGCUAUUUAAGUACGGGACCCGUACAUCGUCUUGUAUUUGCUAUUCAUACGGGAUUCCGACUAAACUGAUUAGGUCUAUUUAAGCACUGACUCGAAACGGUUAGCCUCUAAUUAGGGUUACGGUUGUUGUUAUUAUAUAUGAAUAAAAUCAAACUCCACCGUAGCGAGUUGCUACUCCGCGGUAGAGUGGUUACGCUACGAAUUAUGGUUUCUACGCCCCUGGAUCGGUUCUCAAUCUUAAUUGCCACAUCGAAUUUUUCUUCUUUUCAAAAUUUGCCACUGAAAUUUUUCCUUAAAAAUGGAACAGUGGUUGAAGAGACUUACACUUUCAUGGAAAUUUGUUGAUCGGAAAUUUCAAGAGACUUAGAAAUUUCAUAUAAAUUUCAAGUAGAGACUUGAUCCUGUAUGUCAUAGCAGAUACACGUCGGUGUAAGGGUCCUGUACGAAUAGGGGCACUGUGUCAAUGUAAUGAAGCAACUGCAUGUUGUUAAUAACAGUGAUCUUCUCAUAUUUUAAAUGCAACUCUGAUUUUAAAAGAUAAAUGGCAAACAGCCCUACUAAAAAAUAAUUUUCUAUAUUUAUUUUUUUUUUUUUAACAGGAUCAUUUUUUUAUUAAGCACACAAAACAUUCCUCUUUAUAGUUAGCAAUAAAAUUUCUUACACUCGGACUUUCAGCGUCGGUGAACAUUAUACUUUUGCAUUAUCUGUGUAAUUUAAACAUACUAGCUAUUUUGCUUUUAGAAAGCUUUCAAAUGUUUCCUAUUUUUCUAUCCAAUAAAAAGUGCAGACUUGAACAUGUGGCUAACAAGUUGAUGAGUUGCUUGAUUACUGAAUUUCUAUGGAUUUUCUCAUACAAACUGCAUGGUAUUCUAUCUGACUCCAUGGGCACGCCAUGGCAUUCCAUGGAACUCCACGAUAUUCCAUGGAAUUUCAUGGCAUUCCAUGGAACUCCAUCACUACUUCAUGGAACUCCGUGGAACUCCAUGGCAUUCCAUGGAACUCCAUGGAUACUCCAUGGAACUCCAUGGCAUUCCAUGGAACUCCAUGGAUACUCCAUGGAAGUUCCGUGGAAUUCCAUGGAUUUCCAUCUAUUUCCAUGGAAUUCCAUGGAUUUCCAUAGAUUUCCAUGGAUUUCCAUGGAUUUCCAUGGAAUUCCAUGGAGGUAUUUCACACGGGAUAUACUCAAACUUAAUGGAUACGACAAACUUCCUUCUGAGUAUUUUGAAGAGGAUGUUUCUAAUAUUGAUAAAUUAAUCGAGGAUGUUAAUGAAGAUUUAGGAGAGACUAGUAAAGCAAUAAAAAAUACUGCAAUUUUU